AUGAAACUUCUCGGUUCAGGGACGUAUGGGACGGUGUCCCUCAUGGACUGGGACGGUCAGCCAGCAGCGCUGAAAGUAGCAAAAUCUUCAGAGUUUUCCGAGAUGUUUGAAAGAGAAGGUAACGUGCUCUCGUUACUGAAUGGUGCAGGAGGCGCCCCUUUGUUGUUGCAUAGGUCAGUGAAUCCACCAUCACUUGUGACCACCUAUAAAGGCAACCAGACCCUACUUGAUGUCUUGAGAAAUCCACAGUAUGACCUACUUGACGUAGGACUUCAGGUUGGUAUAAAGCUAAAUGAGAUCCAUGAAGCCGGCUUAGUACACAAUGAUAUAAAGUGUGAUAACAUCAUGAUCCAAGGUCCGCCUCACAAACCAAACAUUAGCAUAAUAGAUUUUGGUUUUGCGUCCAAAAACAAGGUCAAAAUUUUCCUUGAGGGACACCCUUGUAUUCAUACAACAUAUGCCCCCGAAGUCCUUCAGAAAAAGGAAAGUACUUUUGCCUCAGACGUAUAUUCUUAUGGGAAAUUAAUGUUGGAGAUAACGAAGCUGUUACCCAAGCAACACCCGUCCCUCGAUAAGUUGCUUCGCGAAGCAACACACAAGACCCCAAGGAGGCGCCCAACCCUUCCUAUUUUCCUGCGACGCUUAAGGGAAUCCAUUGACAAAAUUUCUACGAAACUGGAAAGUCCCCCCAAAAGCAGGUUACCAGUGCGACAUCUGAGAGUGUAA